UCAUUGUUUUUUUCUUCUGCGGAUGUGCGGAUUUGCGGUCGCCCGUUUCUUGAAAAUAUAAUUAUUUAAAGUGAAAUUUCAACCUUCAUUUAUAGCCCCUGCUAAAAGCACACAAGAAGCUGCAUCCAGUGAAGAUACAACUGAUUCACCUGAAAUCUAUAAGGUUAUAGCCGAGGACAAAUUGCAAGGGAAACCGCAAAAAGUUGAAGUUGCCGUUGUCGAUAUGGUGGAGGAGAAGAAGAAUGUGGCACUAAACGAUGGAGCCGACGAGCAGAUGUUGGGCACCGGUGGACCUGAUGAUAAGCUGGCCGAGCAUCGAGAUGAGGUUAAAUUCAUCAAGGGUGGCGAUCAUCAGAACGGUGAUGCCAAAAUUGAUAUAGGAAAUGUGAACGGUGGCAAACCGACCUUCACGGGAAUGAGCAAAGAGGAACUUAUGAAGUAUGCCAAUGAUCCAUUCUGGGUGCGAUUGCGCUGGAUAUUCUUUGUGGGCUUCUGGUCCAUUUGGGUGGGCAUGUUGGUGGGUGCCAUACUGAUUAUCGUUGGAGCUCCCAAAUGCUCUGCCCCCCAGCCAUUGGCCUGGUACAAGCAAGGUCCACAUGCCAAGUUUGCUGAUUUGAAUAACGCCAAGACUGAGGAUCUACAGUUGGCCAAGAAAAUUCAUGCCACCGGAGCGAUUUAUGAGCUGCCAGCUGCCCUGACAUAUGAUGUUAAGAAUCCUGAGGUAGAGGAGAAGAUCAAGGAAGUUGUCGCUAAUUACAAGAGCAGCGACAUCAAGGUUAUUCUUGAUUUGACUCCGAAUGUGGUAACGAAGAAUUCCAAACUAUUUAAGGAGGCACAGGCAGACAAGAAUAAGCGCUCGGCUUUUGUUUGGAAGAGCGAUCUAACGAGUGCGCCCACCAAUUGGCUCAAGGUCAAGGGUUCUACGUCCGCUUGGGAUCAAGUUGAUGGCAGUUAUGUUCUAUCCCAAUUCGAUGGAUUCUAUGACCUGAAAAUGAAUAGUUCUCUCGUUAGAGAGGAAUUCGGAGGAGUUUUGAAGCAUUUGGUUGAAUUGGGCGUCCAAGGAAUUCGUCUGAACAACACAAAAUACUUUGUCUUAUACGAAAACCUAGAAGACGAGAAUAUUCCUUCGAGCAAUAAUCUCAAUGCUGUGUUUGGCGAAUAUGAUUUCGUCUUGCAUGAUAAGACAACAUUCCAUACCGGAUUGGGUGAUGUUCUCUAUGAUUAUCUAAGCGUUGUUAAAAAUGUAUCUGCCGAUGCCUUCUUAACGGUGUCUCGAGAUGUUGAACAACCCGAGAAGUACCAACUAAGCCAGUCAGGCGGAGCACUUGGCAUUGAUGUGCCUUUGUACGGUGGUUUUGUGGAAGCCUUAAGCAAAAAUUCUCCGCAAUCAUUAAGAGAGACAUUGAAUACUACACUCUCCCAGGCCGGCAAUGGGACUUGGCUUCAAUGGGACUUUGGUAAAGUCUAUCUGAGCUCCAAUCAAGACCAUUCGUCUAUGGCAUACGUUCUCUCGUUGUUACCUGGUGUACCUGUGGUGCCAGUCGAUUCGGACGAGUAUCUGAACGUCACCGAAGUAACUUACAAUCACAUUGAGCAUUUGCGUAAAUCUGCUUCCUAUAUGCAUGGUGAAUUCAAGCUCUACAAAAAGGAUCCUCUAUUGGUCUACUCCAGAAUCAAGUCUGGCAAUCCUGGAUACUUUGUCAUCUUUAAUCCCAGCGAUCAGAUUCAGUCUGCUCUUAUCGAAGACUCGAAAGAUUUACCCGAGAAGAUGACUGUAUCUAUUCUAAGCGAGAAUUACAAUAGCAUUGACAUCAACAACAACAGCAGCCUGGUUGUUCAUCCAGUUGGCAGCAAAGUGACCCUCAAGGAUGUUACGGUGGCGCCUCACUCUACCAUUAUAUUGACCUAUGUGCCCGUCUAGGCAUCGGUCUACGCAACAUCACCAAAUGAAGUUAUACCAUAUUAAAGUAUAUACAAAAUAUAAUGUAGCAUUGCCAAUUUUGCUUCAAAAUCCACUUUGAGAUUCAAAAGCCGCUUAACAAAUAACUUAAAUUUGGUUGGACAAAAAAAAGUAAAAGAAAAGAAAUGUUGGUCCACCAAUUGCUUACAAAAAAAUUAAAUUGAUUGCAUUUAAAAAACAAACUUAAACGAUUUUAAUUUCUCUAAGUAUAAAUCAAGAUAUUCUCCAGACUUUUGACAUCUUUGAGAACCAAUUUAGGCAAAAUUCAAGAAAAUAGAUUCAUCCUUCUUUAUUAAAACUUUCAA